CGCCCAGAGCGCAUCCUGAGGUUCGCCGGGUGCUGGGCGGCGCGUCCUUCCCGGCGGCGAUCGCGGGUGGCCGCCGGGGAUCCGCGGCUUCCAGGGCCCGGCGGACCCGCCUCCGGGGCGGGCAGGGGCGGGCCCGGGCUCGGGAGCUCCCGCCCCGCUGACCAGGCCGCUCUCCCCUCGCCGGUUGCCGCCCCGGCGUGCAGGGCCCGGACGCCGCCAUGUCGGGCCCGUUCGAGCUCUCGGUGCAAGAUCUCAACGACCUGCUGUCGGACGGCAGCGGCUGCUACAGCCUCCCGAGCCAGCCCUGCAACGAGGUCACCCCGCGGGUCUACGUCGGCAACGCGUCUGUGGCUCAGGACAUCCCGAAGCUGCAGAAACUGGGCAUCACCCACGUCCUGAAUGCAGCGGAGGGCAGGUCCUUCAUGCACGUCAACACCAACGCCAGCUUCUACAAGGACUCUGGCAUCACCUACCUGGGCAUCAAGGCCAACGACACGCAGGAGUUCAACCUGAGCGUCUACUUCGAGAGGGCGGCGGACUUCAUCGACCAAGCCUUGGCUCAGAACAACGGCCGUGUGCUGGUCCACUGCCGCGAGGGGUACAGCCGCUCCCCAACUCUCGUUAUCGCGUACCUCAUGAUGCGCCAGAAGAUGGACGUCAAGUCUGCCCUGAGCAUCGUGAGACAGAACCGUGAGAUCGGCCCCAAUGACGGGUUCCUGGCCCAGCUCUGCCAGCUCAAUGACAGACUAGUCAAGGAGGGGAAGCUGAAACUCUAGGGCUCCCCCAUGGCCUCUUCUCCGGAGCCCUGGUGGAGGCCUCCCUAGCUGCCACCUUUAGGAAACACAAUGUACCCUGCUCCCAGCACCACCAGGCACUUGCCCACAAAUCUGUUCCAACACAGCCCCGGGCCUCUUUCCCCCUGGGAACCCAUAAAGAAGCUUGCUAAGGGACAGUCUUGCUCCCUGGUGUGUCCUAUGCCUGCCGUUUAUGGUGUCCUCUCCUGGAGGUGGGGUCGCGGAGGGGGAAGACCUGUGACAUGCAUGCUUCUGGGUGAGCCAGGGCAGGUCUGUGGAUGUGUGAGAGCUGAGACACUCACAGGGGCCCUCCUGACCGCCCCGACUCCUUACCCCUGGGCCCUGUGCUGAGUGGGGACUGCAGCCCCUCCAGCCUUGUGUAAAGGAACUAUGCAAACUCGGGCCCCCUCACCCCCAUGUGUCUCCCCCUGGCUCCUGCUUGUAGGCAGAGGCUCUCCGUGAAGUGUGAGGCUGGCGUGGGGGAGCCGUCCGUUGUGAGUGGAGAAAUUCCCACGGAGAGACCACAUUUGAACCGUUCCCUUCAGAUUAAAGAUGCCUAGACAGACAAAGAGGCCCUCAGGCGGGCAAACGGUCUCCCCCGGAGGCCUCUCCUGAAUCAGCAGUUUCUAUUGUAAAAUGUGAACCCUUGGGAGGCCACGGGGACAUCGCCCUGGGACUGCGCUCGGUUACCUGGCUUGUUGGGAGAGCCGUGCCUUGGGCACAGUUUAUUUUUCUUUUUUAGAAAACAGGGUGUUGAAGUCCAGCCUAUUUAAAAACCCCACCAUUUGGAGAAUUACAAGGGUUUUGUCCUGAAUUAUAGUGUUGGCGAGCCCAAGCCACUCGUGCUAGCUGCUUUUUGUCUCGGUUGCUAUUCCAAGAACAGGAGGAGGAAGUUGGCCAAUUACAGUGUGUGUGUGUGUGUGUAUGGGGGUGUGUGUAUGGGGUGUGUGUGUGGGUGUGUGUGUCUCAGAAACACAGCCAAAGGAUGGACGAACACAGAGAUGAACGGCUCCAGGCUCACACCCUGUCCACCGUCAGGUCGUUCUGGCUCUCUGGUGCCAGAAAAGAUGCUGGGCACUUUGGAGCAAAAAUGACUCAGCCGGGCAGAAAUGCAGUGUGACGGAGUGGCCAAAUGGAGCCCUUAUUGGUGGUAGAGCAAGCAAGCAAGCAAACAAAAACAACUAUUUUUUAGGAAUGCACUAGCUCACACAUGUGUGCGCCCACCUGUCAGAACACAGGGUUUUCUCUUCAGCAGCCUCGUUAGAACUUCGCAUGAUUGCCGUCAUGGAGAGUGACACCGUGCUGCACACAGGUCCCCAAGCAGCCACGCCCCCAACACCCAGCACCGAGGUGUCUGUUAGAAGUCUGUGCAAUUAAACUUUUUUAUUUUAUUUUUUUUGAGCACCAAAUAUACGUAGGGCAUUGUUGUGGUGGGUGUAUCGAGCUCCCAGAAUCCUGAAUGUGUGGUAGGGUCACGUGCAAAGACUUGCAAAGGGGUCUUGCCGGACGUGAACUAUCAGGGACUUCUGUGGAAUGUUUAAAGUUGUUUUUAAGUUUAAAUCCAGGCAGUGUUAACGCGGGGAGGUGUGAAAUGUGCCUUUCUCAGUCGACCAGGAGCUCGCUCUCUGCCGGGACAGGGAGAAGCAGGCAGUGCCUUUGGAACUCACUUGCAGGCUGCAAGGUCUCUAUCUCGGCAGGGGCAGCACUGCGCAGCCUGACCAGCAGGGGCAGCACCGCGCAGCCUGGACUGCGCUCUUCUCUGUGCCCACAGCAGCCCCGAACAAACCAGGAUCUUAUUCAGAUGCUGGCUGCCCAGAUAGAGCCACCCAAGUGAAAUGGCCAUCAUCGAAACUCUGUACCUCAGUUUUCAGAUAACCCUCCCACUCAAAUCUAACUUGAUCCUCACAAUAACCCUCGGUGGUGGAUCUUUGUGUGUUGUUGUUCCCUUACAAGAAAAAGGAGCCGGGGUUCACGGUGAUUAAGGACAUGAUGCCCUACAUUGCCCAGUGUAAGGAAGAAUGGAUGCCAUAUUUCAGGUUUGCUGCUUCCUGAAAACUGAAUUCUUUCUCUCCUACAACACUCCUCCUCAAUAAAUGAGUCCUCUCUUCCCCGCCCCCUACAGGCCGGGUUCAGGUGUGCAGCCCCUGCCCUUGACUCAGCCCAGGUGUGCAAGGGCCAGUUAGCUUUGUGGACAGAGCACAACGAUUCGAGCUGUGUUGCCAAGGGAGACCUAGAGGAGGGCGAGACAAGGUUGGCACAAAGCCAUCCGGGCUCCAGGAACAGGAAGUACACGAUUGGGUUCGAAAGUGUGCCUUCUUCAGGACACAUGUAGCAUCCCUAAGUCUGAGCUUCCUGCUCCACUCCUGGGAGAGGCUCGGGAUGUGGGGCCCAGGCUCCCCUCCCACACCAGGCCGUGGUCACCCCACAGGACAGCCACAGCCACGCAGGAAGGCCUGUCCGCGGGGCCCUGAGGGGAAACGGUCAGUGGGAGAAUUACUGCCUUUAUGUUGGGACUACUUUUAUGCUGGUAACUUGGAUUUCUUGAUAGUUUUUAGUCUCAGAAUCCCCAUAUUUACGUCAUAAGAUUUAGCUCCUAGUUCUUUGAGGAAGUCACAUCAGAUUCUAUCGUGUAAGAGUCAACACGUGCCCAGCGCUGAGGGGAAGCUGUUUCUGGACAGCUUCACCCCUGGGAAGCGAUGGGAUAGGAACUCAGGGCGCCCUCACUCCCUCCCCUGACCCGAUCCUUUUCUUCAACUAGCAGACCCCCACGUUAGAGCACCAAGGGUCUCCUCUCUCCAAAGCAGUGCACAUGCCCCAGGCGGGUCUGUCUCCCUGCCUCUCUGACUUACCUGGAGAGCGUCACUCAGCAUCUACAAAACAAGGGGAGUCCUCUAGAAGGCCUCCGCGGUCCCUUUGGCUCUGACACUAGGGUUUGCAGAGAAUCCCCACUUGGCAUUGACCACCACCAGGAAGUUAGAGGGUGUGUCAUGAGACGGUGACCGGCAGGUGGCGCUGCGUCCCACCCCGGGGUGAUGGAUGGUUCGAAAAUGAACGUUGGUGCCUUUUGUGUCACCAGUUAAUGUAAUAGAUGCUAAUGUUUUAGUCAGAAUAAGCACUGAUCUUAUAACAAAGAUAUAAGCUUUUCUUGCAGGAGAUUUCCUGUCAUAAAACUAGUGUCAUGUAUCACUGAAGAGCCAACAGCAAUGGUCCUUCCGUCUCAAGAUGUUAUUCCGAUUGGCUUAGAGGCUGUCUCCGGCGGCGGAGAGAGCAGAUUGGCAGGAAGCUUCCCUUCCCUCCUGUCAGCUUUCAGGGUAAUUUGAUUGUGAAAGUGUGAAUUUUCUGGACAGGAAAGGGGAAGGUACUGUUUGUUUUUUAAAAGAAGUUUAAUGUCUGUUAUAUCACAAAUCAGUGUUAAAAUACUAAUACUGUAACCAAAAUAAAUGUCUUAUAUUACCAAGAAA